AGAUGGCAGCGCCCAUGACGAAGCAGUGUGAACAGUUAUGGUAAAUUUUGGAGGUAGUUCUCUCCGAACAUGCCGAAGUGUUAUUCUUCGUCUACGUAAUGUUGUAGGCCUACGUCUACACUUUUUGCCUGUGCCUGCGCCUACAUCAUGUUGUGCAUGUUACUGGCUGACACCUGCGUCAUUGACGUUGGCUCCUCAUGUACGUUCCAAUGCUGUCAAAGCCGUGCAUCCUUCAUGCCCUAUUUGUAUUUCAACAUGUUCAAGACAGAGCCUCAUCACUGCUGAUGUGCAGAAAACCCAGUUAGGCCUAAGGCAUGUAAGGCAUUUGUCGCAGUACGUGCAAGGUGUCAGGCACCUACAAAAACUCAAGGAAAAUGAAGAUUUUUGCCGAGGGUCAUGGACUGAGGGAAAGUUUGCAGUAUUGUACGAUCUUAGGCCUCUUCUUGUGCCUACAGGAGAGAGAAAACCAUGGAGAAUAGCCUGGAAAAGUGCAAAAGAUCUUUCUGAAUUUCUCAAAGAAGAUUUCCACACAGAGGAAUCAGUAGUUCUGAACUGCAACAUUUUGGACCCACGUGGCCCACCCAAGUUUGCUGUCAACAUUUUGCCCAAGUCAGAGCCAGACCACCGGGAGAAAAUUGAGAGAGGACUUGGUGCUUCGGCUGUCAGUGGCAGAAAAGCCUUUUUUGUAAUUUCCAAGACCGAUGCAAGAAUCCUGGCCCAGUGUAUUCCUCUUCUACAAUGGCACCUCAGGAGCCGGUUUUGUUCCAACUGUGGUGAGCUGACAGCUAAAGAUCCAUCUGGAUCAAAGAGGACUUGCCCAAAAUGCAGCACCAUUCACUAUCCAGUUCUCAGUCCAGUUGCUAUCGUGCUCGUGACCAACGGCAACAGCUGCCUUGUGGUGCGACAGCCGCGUUUUAUGGCAGGCAUGUACAGUGCCAUUUCCGGAUUCCUCGAGCCAGGAGAGUCUUUGGAAUCUGCCGUCAGACGAGAGGUGGCCGAGGAGGUGGGCCUCGAGGUGGAGGAGGUCAAAUUCUACUCGUCCCAGUCCUGGGCCUUCCCCCUCAGCUCUCUCAUGCUGGGAUGUCAUGCUUCCCUUAAGCCGGGAACCAGCGACAAGGUUUCCCUCGACGAGGCAGAGCUUGAAGACUCAAGAUGGCUUCAUCGGGAGGAGGUGCUCACAAUCAUGGAGAGAGGGAGCCCCAAGGGAAGCAGCAUAUGGCUGCCACCUGCAAUGGCGAUUGCUCACCACCUUCUCAAAAGCUGGGCUCUGGAAAAGAAUUGAGAUGGCAGAUAAUCCAACAUCUUGCUGUUGUAGGAAGACAUCAUUACUUUCUCUUAAUCACUGUCAAGGGAAUAUCACAGACAUGUCUAAACUUCACACAUCAAUGUAUCCAUCCAUGUGAAUCCGCCUAGGGCUGAAGUACCCCCUCAUUGGUUGAAAAAGAGCGAUGUUUUUCAGCAGUGCAUGCCUUUCAUAAUUUUUUUUUUGAACUAGCGAAGUGCAGUUCCUAGGAAAGGUACAUCCUCUCUUGGUCAUGCCCGGGGCUCAUAAUGUUUAGACUUCAUCCUGCUCAAAGCAGAUUCAUGCAUUUGCUUCCCAUGCCCAAUUUGGUAGGAGAGAAUGCUGUGAAGCUACUAAACAAUUCGUCACAAAACGUGGAGCAGUCUCCACCCAAAAAAAUUCAGAAAUACACCACAGGUUUUGCUUUAA